AUGAAACUUUUGAGUGCUUGUCUGUGGCCUUCUUCCUCGGGCAAGUCCACCGAUUCUACUGGUAAACAAGAUGGACUGCUCUGGUACAAAGACUCUGGUCAGCACCUUCUUGGCGAAUUCUCAAUGGCAGUUGUUCAGGCCAACAAUCUCCUUGAAGACCAGAGCCAAGUUGAGUCUGGUCCUUUGAGCACACUUGAUUCGGGUCCUUACGGAACUUUUAUCGGAAUCUAUGACGGUCAUGGCGGACCCGAGACCUCCCGCUUUGUCAAUGACCACCUCUUUCAGCAUCUAAAGAGAUUUGCAGCGGAGCAGUCGUCUAUGUCGGUGGAUGUGAUAAGAAAGGCAUAUGAGGCGACCGAAGAAGGGUUUCUAGGGGUUGUGACAAAGCAGUGGCCGGUUAAGCCGCAGAUUGCAGCGGUUGGGUCUUGCUGCCUGGUUGGUAUUGUAUGCGGAGGGAGGCUCUACAUCGCUAAUGUUGGGGAUUCGCGUGCCGUUCUUGGAAGGGCUAUGAAUGCGACUGGUGAGGUUAUUGCGCUUCAGCUCUCGGCGGAACAUAACGUGAGCAUAGAGUCUGUUAGACAGGAGAUGCGAUCCUUGCACCCGGAUGACUCUCAUAUUGUCGUGUUAAAGCAUAAUGUGUGGCGUGUUAAGGGUCUUAUUCAGAUAUCUAGAUCCAUAGGCGACGUCUAUCUUAAGAAGGCAGAGUUCAACAAGGAACCAUUAUACACAAAGUACAGACUCCGCGAGCCGAUCAAAAGACCCAUCUUGAGUGGGGAACCGUCGAUAACAGAGCAUGAGAUCCAACCACAAGAUCAGUUUCUGAUAUUCGCUUCCGACGGACUAUGGGAGCAGCUGAGCAACCAAGAAGCUGUUGACAUCGUUCAGAACCACCCACGAAACGGAAUUGCACGGAGACUGGUGAAGAUGGCACUGCAAGCGGCGGCGAAGAAAAGAGAGAUGAGAUACUCUGAUCUGAAGAAGAUAGAGAGAGGAGUUCGGAGGCAUUUCCACGAUGAUAUCACUGUGGUCGUCAUCUUCCUUGACACCAAUGUAGUGAGCUCUGCCAAAGGACCCUCUCUUUCUAUCCGAGGCGGCGGUAUGACUUUCCCCAAGAAACUCUAA